AUGUUCUCAUUGGAGAAUGCUCUUUAUAUCCAAGCUGGGUUAGGAGUCCUAGCUAAUAUGUGUCUUCUUGUUUUCUAUAUUUUCAUAAUCCUAGGGCACAGACCUAAGCCCAUGGACCUAAUCUCCUGUCAACAGACUUUCAUUCACAUAAUGCUGUUCUUCACUGCAGGAGAUAUUUUGCAUACAGAUAUAUUUGAGUCAAUGAAUAUUGAGAAUGACUUCAAAUGCAAAACAACUUUUUACAUAUGCAGGGUAAUGAGAGGCCUCUCUAUCUGCACCACCUGCCUCCUGAGUGUGUUCCAGGCUGUCACCAUCAGUCCCAAUACCUCGCUGUUGGCAAAAUUUAAACAUAAACUAAAAAAAUACACUAUCAAUGCUUUCUUCUAUAUUUGGUCUUUUAAUUUGUCCUUCAGUAGUAACCUGAUCUUCUAUGUUGGUGCUUAUACCAAUGUGAGUGAGACUAACCAGAUGAAAGUCACUAAAUACUGUUCUCUCUUCCCAAUGAACUAUAUUAUCAGGGGAUUGAUUUUAACAGUAACAACCUCUAGAGAUGUGUUUCUUGUAGGAGUCAUGCUGAUUACAAGUACAUACAUGGUGAUAAUCUUGUUCAGGCAUCAGAGGCAGUGCAAGCAUCUUCAUAGCAUCAGACACCUGAGAGCAUCCCCUGAGAAAAAGGCCACCCAGACCAUCUUGCUGCUGGUGGUUUUCUUUGUGGUCAUGUACUGGGUGGACUUCAUCAUCUCAUCCACCUCAGUCCUGUUAUGGAUGUAUGACCCAGUCAUCCUGACUGUUCAGAAGUUUGUGAUGAAUGCCUAUCCUACAAUUACUCCAUUGGUACAAAUCAGUUCUGAUAACAGAAUAAUUAACUUGCUCAAAAACCUGCAGUCAAAAUGUCACUAG